UGGCGCGAGCGAGAUGAUAGUAUACCUUCAGUAAUACUUAGAGCGUAAUGUCAUCCGAAAUUCUUGUGCAGGUUAUGUCUGCUGUGUGCAGCCGGUUUAGUCAACAGUGAACAUUUUCAAUUCAGCAUGGAUUGAGCAAGUUUUUUUAAAAAAAAAGUUUUCGUUAGACAAUUUGUGACUUAACUGUGGCUUCUAGUAUUUUUUGCGGUAGUUUUGUAUGGUAAAAUAAUGGCGAUUGAAACUGGCAGCUAUUAUGAUGGGAGCCGUUCAUUGACUUGGCUUUCGGAACUUGUUGGAUUACCCAUUGAUUUGGUAAAUUUUAUAACAUCUCAACUGUUGGCAUUAUUCCUGGCAUCUUUCCUCCGCACAACUCUUCACUCCUCCAAGGCAAGUGCAGCAGUACGCCAUGCAUUUGGAUUAUCAUUAGGGCUAUUCUUUGGAUAUUUUUGCUUCGGAUCACACGCCUUCCACAUUGCUGGUCUUCCCGCCUUAUCGUACAUCAUAAUUCGAACUCAAAAUCCCAAUAUCGUACAAAGACUAGUCCUCGGCGCUGCUUUGCUAUAUUUAUCAUUUGUUCACAUGCACAGACAGUAUUAUGAUUACGGAUCAUACACCUUAGACAUUACAGGUCCCCUUAUGGUAAUUACUCAGAAGGUGACCAGUCUUGCGUUCAGCAUUCACGACGGCCUGGCACGCGACCAGAAAGAUUUAACGAAGGACCAGAAUUAUCAUGCUGUUCGCAGAAUACCUACUGCUCUAGAGUUCUUCAGUUACACCUUCCAUUUCCAGGGUCUUAUGGCUGGACCAGUUGUUUUUUAUAGAGAUUAUAUUGAUUUUAUUGAUGGAAACCAUGUUCUGAAAUUUACACCGAAAUCAACGGCAAGUCUAGAUAAUAACUCAAACAGCAGAAAAGUUGUGCUUGAACCUUCUCCUAUAAUCAUUGUCUUCAAAAAAGUGAUAGUCAGCACAAUAUGCGCACUGAUAUUUAUUAAGUUCUUCCCAUUGUUUCCAAUUAAAGCUUUGAAAGAAGAUGAAUUUAUAGUGGAUAUGAACAUAUUUCAAAAAAUGGUCUAUGUUAUAAUGUCCACUACACUAGUACGAUUUAAAUACUAUCAUGCAUGGAUAUUAGCAGAUGCCAUUUGUAACAAUUCAGGUCUAGGCUUCAAUGGAUAUGAUGAAAAUAAUAAUCCUAAAUGGGAUGGUAUAUCUAAUAUUAAUAUUCUGAAGUUUGAGUUUGGAACAAGCUUUCGUGAAAGUAUAGCUAAUUGGAAUAUGGGUACAAAUAAAUGGUUGCGAAUGGUUGUAUAUGACAGGGUGUCCAAACACGGAACUGCGUUGACUUAUUUGCUUUCAGCAUUUUGGCAUGGUUUUUAUCCAGGUUAUUAUUUAACUUUUGCAACAGGGGCACUUUUUACUAUAGCUGCCAGAAAUAUGAGACGUUGCUUUAGACCAUUAUUUAUUAAUGACAAAAGAUCAAGAAUAUUCUAUGAUAUUUUAACAUGUCUUGUGACAAGAGUAUUUAUGGCCUAUGCUACUUUUACAUUUGUUUUAUUGGAAUUCUGGGCAGGAGUUCGAGUUUAUUUGCAUUUAUAUCUAUCAUUUCAUAUUCUGGGUUUAUUAGCCCUAGUCAUAGUUCCUAUGAUUCAACCACACAUUCAUCGAUUAUUUGGCUUGAAAUCUUCCCUAAAAGUUAGUUCUAGACGUUCUGAUAAUCAGACUAACGAUAAAGGUGCUAUUACGGGAAGAAUAGAAAGUUUUAAUGAUGAAUCAAAAACAAAAAAACUCUAUGCAGAGUUUUCCAAAGGAAUUGUAACAAGUGAUGUCUUACUCAACAAUGUGAUAGAUUCUGUAAAAACAAAUUAGCUCAAGUAAUGGAGUGAACAAACUGAUAUUUCCAUAAAGUAGAAUUUAUAAAUGGUUAAUGCUAAGGUUUGUCUUCCGCAAGCAGGAAACAUGUUUGGAUGACUGACUAAUAUUUUAUAUAGCCGUUGAACACCUUUAAUAAUUUAACAGAUCUUAAAAUGAGUAUAUUUAAAAUUAUCAAGUUUAUUGAAUAAAGGAGGUAAUUUAUUUCAUUCAA